AUGGACGGACUUUCCCUCGAUGAUGCUCUUGAAAAAGGACCAUGUCUUAUAAAUUCCUUAUUUGAUGUGUUGAUUGGCUGGAGACAGAAUGGAGUCACCUUUGCUGGAGACGACUCGAAGAUGUUUAAUGAGAUAGCUAUCCAUCCGGAUGAUCAGAAAUACCACAGAUUCUUGUGGAGAGACGGAGAAACUGACAGAGAGCCUGCCAUGAAUGCCAUUAAUCUUCUCGCUGAUAGAGCUCAAGUCAAAUCACCAGAAGCAGCAAGAAUCCUAAAGGAUAAUACUUAUGUUGAUGACGUCGCGGGGUCGGAGACAUCACCAGAGAAAGUCAAGAAAGUGGUCGAUGGUAUCGAUACCAUUUUGGGCAAAGGCAAGUUUGCCAUCAAAGCGUGGCACAGCAACAGCCCAGAGAUUGAUCAAGAUGGCAACGAGAAUCCGGUGAGUCUACUGGGUCAUCAAUGGAACAUGAAAGCUGAUAGCAUUGCUUUGAAGAGCGAGACAGUGUAUACAGAUCUCAGUUAUUGUACGAAACGAAAGGCUCUUGGUGUGGUGUCUCAACUGUGGGAUCUGCUAGGACUGAUGGCGCCAGUUACAAUUCGGUUUCGAAUUGAUCUCCAGAAUCUAUAUCAGUGGGAUGAGUUAUUGCCACCUGAAGAAAAGUUAAAAUGGCAAAAGAAUGUCGGAGUUGGUGAUCUUGUAUUAGAAAUCGAUGGGAAUCGCAAGAGAGGUGAGUGGCAAAUGGCGUUGGUGGAAGAAGUAUUUCCUGGUGGUGAUCGUAAAGCAAAGAUCAGAACGUCGAAGGGAGUCUACGAAAGACCCAUAGCGAAGUUAUGCUUAAUUGCAACCCGAAAAGAGCUUGAGCAGAAUGAAACUUUAGUACAACAUAGUUAA